GGGGCUUACGCUUUACUGGAGUUGGUGCGGAGUGAGCAGGAUCUAUGGACAGAAAUGCACAUCUAUCAGCGCUUUUAUGGAUUGUAUUCUCCUACCUUCGUGGAUUUCCAAAAUAUGAAUUGAUGUCGUCGUUUAAAGUCGAGGAAUUUCGUCUUGAAAUUAAGGCCAGGUAUAUAGCUACGAAGUUGUGAAAUAGUUCCCUUGAAGUUUUUCCUCAGGGCUGCGAAGCGAAUUUCCAGUUUCCUAUUCGACUACUACACCAGCCAUCAUAUGGCGAGGCGAGUAGGGGGAGAAGGAUCCGUGAUUUUAACACGAAUUCCAUCCACGGUUUGGAAUAAGAACUCGAGACUCCACUGGUGUAACUUCAUGGCUGUUUUUUGGAGCUCUGUGGCAGUAUUGUCGCUUCUAUGUUGUGGAUUUUGUGGCGCUGAAACGGAGUUUUCGAUCUUGGAGGAGGCACAAGUUUUAGCCGUACAAAUGAAAAAACUGUCCUCGCAGGAGCUUGGAGUCUUCACCAUGCAGAGAAUCUUCAACUCGUUUGUGUACACAGAGAAGACCUCAAACGGAGAGACGGAAGUACAGCAGCUUGCGAAGAAGAUCCGUGAGAAGUUUAACCGUUACCUGGACGUGGUGAACAGGAACAAGCAGGUGGUGGAGGCAUCCUACACGGCCCACCUGACCUCCCCCCUCACCGCCAUCCAGGACUGCUGCACCAUCCCGCCCUCCAUGAUGGAGUUCGACGGUAACUUCAACACCAACGUGUCCAAGACCAUCUGCUGUGACCGGCUGUCCCCCACCGUCAACAGUCGAGCCUUUAACCCUGGACGGGACCUCAACUCAGUGUUGGCAGAUAACCUGAAGUCCAACCCGGGCAUCAAAUGGCAGUACUUCAGCUCAGAGGAGGGCAUCUUCACUGUGUUCCCCGCCCACAAGUUCCACUGCAAGGGCAACUACGAGCACCGCUGCAGGCCAGUGUACGUGUCGGCGGUGCGGCCCCAAUCGAAGCACAUCGUGGUGAUCAUCGAUCACGGCGUGACCAUUACAGACACACAGCUGCAGAUCGCCAGAGACGCUGCGCUCGUCGUCCUCAGCUCCGUAGACGAACAUGACAAGGUCUCGAUCCUGUCCUCAGCAGAGGCGGUGCGGUCCUGUUCGCUGGACCCGUGCUAUAAGAGCUACCUGUCUCCUGCCACCAGCGAGACCAAGAGGAAGAUGAGCACCUUCGUCAACAACCUCAAGGCUUCCGACAGUCCUACCCUGCACGCACUGGGCUUCCAAAAGGCCUUCCAGCUGCUCCGGAACACCAGCAAUAUCACCCGCCAACUCACCAAUACGGACAUGGUGAUCAUCUACCUGUCGUCUGGCAUCACGUCCCGAGACGCGUCGGAGCACGAGAAGAGGGACACCCUGCGCGUGGUCAAAGAGGAGAACCGUCACCUCAACAACUCAGUCAUGAUCCUCACCUACGCCCUCAUGAACGAGGGCGUGACCGGUCUGAAGGAGCUGGCGUUCCUGCGUGACCUGGCGGAGCAGAACUCGCUGAAGUACGGCGUGCCCGACCGCUCGGCGCUGCCGGUGGUGAAGGGGAGCAUGAUGGUCCUGAACCAGCUCAGUAACCUGGAGACCACCGUGGGACGCUUCUACAUCAACCUGCCCAACCGCAUGAUUGACCUGGCCCGCUUCAGCCUGUCCUACCAGGACGCCAUGGGAGACGGUUUCAUCAUGACGGCGAGCCGGCCAUGUUACUUUGGCAACUUGUUGCUAGGCGUGGUGGGAGUAGACGUGAACCUGGCCUACAUUCUCGAGGACGUCACCUACCACCAGGAUUCCUUGGCCUCCUACACCUUCCUCAUAGACAACAAAGGUUACACCCUGAUGCACCCGUCCCUCACACGGCCCUACCUGAUGACCGAGCCUCCGCUGCACACUGACAUCAUCCACUAUGAAAACAUCCCAGGGUUCCCUGUAGUACGGGACAACAUACUCCGUCUGCCCCUGGGCAGUCAGGUGAUAGCUGUGCCCACCAACUCCUCUCUGUCCUGGCACACCAACCGGCUACGAGACCCCAGCAGGGAGGCCUACAACGUCAGCUACGCAUGGAAACUGGUCCAGGACACAUCGUUCAUUCUGUGCAUAGUGUACGUCCAGCCAGAGAUCCCAGUGAAACACCUGAAGAAUCUGAACACUGCUCCCAGCUCCAAGCUGCUCUAUCACCGCCUGGACCUGCUGGGACAACCCUCCUCCUGUCUGCACUUCAAACAGCUGGCCACCGUCGAGAGCCCUACGGUGAUGCUGUCUGCAGGGAGUUUCUCCUCUCCCUACGAGCACCUCAGUCAGCCAGAGACCAAACGCAUGGUGGAACACUACACAGCCUACCUCAGUGACAACACACGCCUCAUAGCCAACCCUGGCCUGAAGUCGUCGGUCAGGAACGAGGUGAUGGCGACCAGUCACGUCACAGAUGAAUGGAUGACACUCAUGGAGAUGAGUAGCCUCAACUGCUACAUUGUGCGCCGUUACAUAGCAACGCCCAAUGGGGUGCUGCGGAUUUACCCCGGCUCGCUAAUGGACAAAGCCUUCGACCCAACCCGGAGACAAUGGUACCAGCACGCUGUAGCCAACCCAGGCCUCAUCACCUUCACUGGGCCUUACCUGGAUGUGGGCGGGGCGGGCUACGUGGUCACCAUCAGCCACACCAUCCACGCCUCAAGUUCUCAGAUGGCCCCAGGGUAUGCGGUAGCCGUGAUGGGCAUAGACUUCACCCUGCGUUACUUGUACAAGGUUCUGCUGGACCUGCUACCCAUCUGCAACCAGGACAAGGGUAACAAGAUCCGGUGUUUCAUCAUGGAGGACAGGGGUUACCUGGUGGCCCACCCCACCCUCAUCGACCCUAAAGGCCACGCCCCCGCCGAACAGCAGCACAUCACCCACAAGGAACCGCUGGUGGCCAACGACAUCUUGAACCACCCCAACUUUGUCAAGAAGAACCUCUGCAACAGCUUCAGUGACCGCACGGUCCAGCGCUUCUACAAGUUCAACAGCAGUAUCAUUGGCGACCUGACGAACCUGGUCCACGGGAGCCACUGCUCCAAGUACCGCCUGACCCGUAUCCCAGGGACCAACGCUUUCGCGGGCAUCGUCAACGAGACGUGCGACUCGCUGGCUUUCUGUGCCUGCAGCACCGUGGACCGACUCUGUCUCAACUGUCACAGGAUGGAGCAGAAUGAGUGUGAGUGUCCAUGUGAGUGCCCCCUGGAGGUCAAUGAAUGUACUGGCAACCUUAGCUACGCUGAAAACAGGAACCCCAGCUGCGAGGUGCACCAGGAGCCCCUGUCUCUGACGGUGAUGGACUCCAGUCUGCAGGACACCCUGCCCCAGUGUAUCAACACCCGCUGCAGCCAACGCUUCACCAGCAGUGACUGUUUUGGCGUGCUGGACUGUGAGUGGUGCAUGGUGGACAGUGAUGGGAAGACCCACCUGGACAAGCCUUACUGUGCCCUGCAGAAAGAGUGCUUCGGGGGCAUCGUGGGGGCCAAGAGCCCUUACAUGGAUGGCAUGGGGAUGCUGGAUGAAGAGGUAGUGUCUCUGAACAUGAUGAAGAGUGCCCCGGUUGGUCCGGUUGCCGGGGGUAUUAUGGGCUGCAUCAUGGUGCUGGUGUUGGCUGUCUACGCCUACAGACACCAGAUCCACCGACGCUCACAUCAACACAUGUCCCCUCUGGCUGCACAGGAGAUGUCCGUCAGGAUGUCUAACCUGGAUAACGAGAGAGACGAGCGAGACGAGGACAGCCACGAAGACAGGGGGAUCAUCAGCAACACCCGGUUCAUCGCGGCGGUGAUCGAGAGGCACACCCACAGCCCUGAACGCCGGAGGAGGUACUGGGGACGGUCAGGGACGGAGAGUGACCACGGCUACAGCACCAUGAGUCCUCAGGAGGACAGCGAGAACCCUCCCUGCAACAACGACCCCCUGUCGGCCGGCGUGGAUGUGGGCAACCACGACGAUGACCUGGACCUGGACACGCCCCCUCAGACGGCGGCGCUGCUCAGCCACAAGUUCCACCCGUACCGCCACCCGCCUUACCACCACCCGCUCCACACGCACCGCCUGCAGGCGGCCGUCACCGUGCACAGUGUGGACGCAGAGUGCUGAUCCUAAACCUCCAUUCCCCCCCCCCCCAGGCCUGGGCUCUCCUCCACUCCCACCCGGCCCUCUUCCUCGACCUGGCUACGCCUCGCUACAUUGGCGGGGUCCCUGACAUGCUACCACUACCGUCACCUCCAGACUCCACCACCAUGUAGGCUCCCACUGGGCCCAGCCAGGGUGAGGGGAGGUGGGCUGAGAGAGAAUAGGGCAGAUCCCCCCCCCCCGCUGGAAGUUUCCUUAGAAGAUCAUACACUGUAGGAGGAACACUAGCCUGUGUGAGCUCACCUCAGAACAUUGGGGGGGGGGGUGAGAUGCAGCUGCUGGCCUUAUUCUAAAAGGGUCUGAACUUGUUUUAAAAGUGUAAACAAAGGAUCUCCAAUGUUUAAGAAGACAGCGAUAAAAAAGGAAGGAUUAUUUUUCUACUAUUUAUUGAACCGGAUUUGAGAUGGAUCAGAGUAGAGACUGAACGUGUGGCUGGAGCUGAACUGAAAGGACUCUGGUCGCUAAGGUAACCAGAGUGGCUGAUCAUGGACCACAGAGAGCCUCUCCUGCACACUGCCCUCGCUUUCUGUCGAGGCAGUGGUUAUUCACGUUAUCGUUUUGAUUAUUUUCAGUUGAGAAUCAGAAGUCGUUGUGAAGGUAAACUCUUUGCGAUGACUGGACAAGCUGAAUCGAAGACAUUGAGAAACCCACCCACUUGUCUGAACUAGAUGUGUCGUACUCCGAUCACCUGGCCUACCGUCAGUCACUGGGGCUGCUGUAUGACUGAAUAAGGAAGGGGCAUGCAAGGACCCUGGCAGAAUGACUCAGACACAGGAAGUACAGUGCCCAGGCUUUGGUGUCCUGUUAUCUGCCUGAAAAGAAAGGUAUGAUGAGGCUUGGUGGAAUUGGUUGGUCUGUCUUCAGACCUCACACUGGCAUCUGGACCUGGUUGACCAAGCUAUGGCUCUCCCUGUCUCUAUGCCUGAGUGGGACCAAUUAGUGUUGAACAGAGGUGUGUGUGUGUGUGUGUGUGUGUGAGAGAGAGAGCUGUUGUGGGUGCAUCCAUUUUUAUGUUCCUUUUGCGGUCAAUUAAUAAAAAAAACAGUCUUCUGUACACUGCGUGUGCUACAGUCAUGGUGUGUGUGUGUGUGUACACUCUGCGUGUGCUACAGUCAUGGUGUGUGUGUGUGUGUACACUCUGCGUGUGCUACAGUCAUAGUGUGUGUGUGUGUACACUCUGCGUGUGCUACAGUCAUAGUGUGUGUGUGUGUACACUCUGCGUGUGCUACAGUCAUGGUGUGUGUGUGUGUACACUCUGCGUGUGCUACAGUCAUGGUGUGUGUGUGUGUACACUCUGCGUGUGCUACAGUCAUGGUGUGUGUGUGUGUACACUCUGCGUGUGCUACAGUCAUGGUGUGUGUGUACACUCUGCGUGUGCUACAGUCAUGGUGUGUGUGUGUGUACACUCUGCGUGUGCUACAGUCAUGGUGUGUGUGUGUGUGUACACUCUGCGUGUGCUACAGUCAUGGUGUGUGUGUGUGUGUACACUCUGCGUGUGCUACAGUCAUGGUGUGUGUGUGUGUGUGUACACUCUGCGUGUGCUACAGUCAUGGUGUGUGUGUGUGUACACUCUGCGUGUGCUACAGUCAUGGUGUGUGUGUGUGUGUGUGUGUACACUCUGCGUGUGCUACAGUCAUGGUGUGUGUGUGUACACUCUGUGUGUGCUACAGUCAUGGUGUGUGUGUGUGUGUACACUCUGCGUGUGCUACAGUCAUGGUGUGUGUGUGUGUGUACACUCUGCGUGUGCUACAGUCAUGAUGUGUGUGUGUACACUCUGCGUGUGCUACAGUCAUGGUGUGUGUGUGUACACUCUGCGUGUGCUACAGUCAUGGUGUGUGUGUGUGUGUGUGUGUACACUCUGUGUGUGCUACAGUCAUGGUGUGUGUGUGUGUGUGUACACUCUGCGUGUGCUACAGUCAUGGUGUGUGUGUGUGUACACUCUGCGUGUGCUACAGUCAUGGUGUAUGUGUGUGUGCUACAGUCAUGGUGUGUGUGUGUACACUCUGCGUGUGCUACAGUCAUGGUGUAUGUGUGUGUGCUACAGUCAUGGUGUGUGUGUCUGUACACUCUGCGUGUGCUACAGUCAUGGUGUGUGUGUGUGUGCUACAGUCAUGGUGUGUGUGUGUACACUCUGCGUGUGCUACAGUCAUGGUGUAUGUGUGUGUGCUACAGUCAUGGUGUGUGUGUGUGUACACUCUGCGUGUGCUACAGUCAUGGUGUGUGUGUGUGUGCUACAGUCAUGGUGUGUGUGUGUGUGCUACAGUCAUGGUGUGUGUGUGUACACUGCUUGUGCGUGUGUUUGGUCUGAUUGUAGGAAGGUGGUCAGAGCAUUUCCAUUGAAGGCAUAAUUACAUGUUUUAAUUGUUUCCCCCCUAUGACUGUGUGCUAGUCCUCAUGAUAUUAAUUUAGUUUGGGUAAAGAAUGUCUCUUUUUUUUCUGAACAAAUAGUAUGAAGUGUACAUAUGUUAAAAUAAAUAUUACAAAUAGCUAUUGAUGUGUUGUUACACUCCAUAUGUCUAUGCUGAAAAUCAUGUAUGCUCGGAUAUUUGAGUAUAUUUUGCUAUUUUUCAGCACAUGGUAUCGAUCUGACUAUACGCUGCGAUUCCGAUGAUAUUAGGUCUACCUUUCUUUAGGUCCAUAUUGGAUGGAAAACAGACUGCCAUUGUGGUAUUUUACACACUUAAGUUGGAGAGCAAUCGUCUUUAAUUAAAAGCUUCACAUUGUUAUUACACGUAGGGUCCAAAUGUCACGUAAGACAAUAUCAGUUGACAGGAAGAGUUUUCAUUUUAGACUACAUUGGAACUUUCUCCCUGUUUGUUGAGUUGAAUGAGUUCUAGACAGGUUAUGGGUCAAUUUAAUUUCAAUUUAGAAAUGUUUUAAUCCGGGUUACUUCCUGAAAUAGAAUUGACCCCAAUGUCGCUUUAACCCUAAAGCUGACAUUAUGGGAUGUUGUGGUACUCUCCUCUCAAUGUAGUUAAAAUCAGUCAUUUGAUUUAGUCACAAUUAGCAUCUACUGUCCUCUUCUUAACUACCACCACUGAAAUCGUAGCCCUGAACGUUACUCCAAACACGACACCGCUCUGGUGAAUGUGCCCCCUGAUUUUGUCAUGUCAGUGCAUAUUUCCUACUCAGGAUGGUACCAAAGCAUAAGUGGGUUUGAUUAUGGAAAAACAGGAGCUACAUUUACUGAGUAGUGCUGCGAAUAACUGUCUUUCCAGUUGUUUUUAGUUUAGUUUUUAGUUCCGUUGUAGUAAUACCAUUUUUAACAGGAGAGAGCAUUAACAGUAUUUACCAGCUGUUGUAAGCAAGUAUAAUUUUGUUUAUACCGAACGUUAUGAAUUGUAUUCAUGUACUGAAGGAGCUUCAAUGUGUGUGUAUCAUUCCUUUCUUCCAGUGUAACAUAUACAGUUAUAAUAUGGAGAUUUAUUGCAAUGUGAAUGUGAUAAAAAGAAAAGUCAAUUUUAAA